CGUCAUAAUAUUCAAGUAGAUAAUAGUUUUGUUGUACCAUAUAAUUCACUGUUAAGUCUUAAAUAAAAUGCUCAUAUAAAUGUUGAACUAUGUUCAACUGGUAAAGCUUUCAAAUACAUUAACAAAUAUAUUACAAAGGGUUACGAUUGUGCUCGAAUCGGCGUCCAAGUAAAUUCAAACAACAAUGUAGAAAAAGUUGUUGAUUAUGAUGAAAUCAAACAAUAUUUAAAUUGUCGUUAUAUUAGUUCUCAAGAAGCAGCUUGGCAUCUUCAAAAUUUUCCUAUUCACUGCCAAUCUCGUUAUGUCGUCAUGUUGUCUAUUCAUUUGAAAGAUGGCCAAUCCAUCUUUUUCGAAGAGAAUCAAGCUAAAACUGCUUUGCGACAAGAGUCAGCCGUAUGCACGACUUUAACUGCCUAUUUCGAUUUAAAUGUUUCAGAUUCGAGUGCUCAAUUAAUCGUGGCAUGGACAGGAAUAGCUGCUACUUUAUUACCAGGUGGAAUUACAUGCCAUUCAGCAUUUAGUUUACCAUUAGACCUUCCUACUGUAAAAUUUCCUAGACUUACUCAAGCGAAAAAAGAAUUUUUGAAAUCGAUAGAUUUGCUGAUUUGGAACGAAGCUCCCAUGGCACCAGGUACAGCUAAGAAAUGUAAAGAACGAUUGUAA